GUAAAAUAAGUAAAGAAGCCCUUAAUUGGGUAGAGUAGAGAGAGAGGCGCGAUGAUGAUGUCGGGUCGGGUCGCCCGCCCGCCAUGGCUUCCCUAUGCCUACAAAUAAACAGUAACAGAGGGCAGCGCAAAGCAGGGGCACCGCAGCAGUAUUAGUUUAGAAUCAGAAAAGAGAGAAGGAUCCGCCGGAACCCAAUCGAACAAUGGGUUUCCAGAUUCUUCACAAAAACUGCGACGAAAACGAUGACGGCGACGCCACUCUACCUGCGACUGCUCCGGUGAUAGUCGGCCUCCAGCCGUCGGCUCUCGUCGACCACGUCGCCAGAGUUGAUUGCUCCCGAAUUCCCGGCGAGCCCGGCGGCUCCUUCCCUGUUUCAUCCGAAGAGUUGAAGAUCAUUUUGAACGAGAUCAAUGCCCACGCAUCAGCUCCUCCGAUGAAGACAAUCGCCGGGGGAAGCGUUGCCAACACUGUACGAGGCCUCGCUGCCGGCUACGGAAUUUCUUGCGGCAUAAUCGGGGCGUGUGGGGACGACGAUCAGGGGGCCUUGUUCAUCGACAAUAUGAGCUUCCACAAUGUCGACCUCUCGAGAUUGAGGCUCAAGCGCGGCCCUACUGGACAGUGUGUUUGUAUGGUCGACGAAUUGGGCAAUCGCACGAUGAGGCCGUGUCUCUCCAACGCCGUCAAAGUUCAGGCGAACGAUCUAACUCCCGAAGACUUCAAAGGCUCCAAGUGGCUUGUCUUGAGGUACGCUAUAUUCAACAUCGAUGUCAUUCAAGCAGCCAUUAGGAUCGCCAAGCAAGAGGGCCUCUCGGUGUCGCUAGAUCUUGCGAGUUUUGAGAUGGUUAGGAAGUACAAGUUGCCAUUAUUACAGUUACUCGAGUCGGGUAGCGUAGACCUUUGCUUCGCCAACGAGGAUGAAGCUGCCGAGUUGCUCAGGGGCGAAGAAGCCGGUGCAGAUCCAGAGUUGUCAGCUAUUGAGUUUCUGUCGAAAUACUGCAAAUGGGCCGUGGUGACGUUAGGGGCGAAGGGAUGCAUCGCAAAGCACGGAAAAGAGGUUGUCCGAGUUCCUGCAAUUGGAGAGUCGAAGGCAGUGGACGCCACAGGUGCUGGGGAUCUCUUCGCCAGCGGGUUUCUGUACGGGCUGGUUAAGGGGCUGCCGCUGGAGGAGUGUUGCAAGAUUGGGUCAUGCAGCGGGGGGUCUGUCAUCCGGUCGCUCGGUGGCGAGGUAACUCCCGAGAACUGGCACUGGAUGUACAAGCAAAUGCAGACCAAAGGUAUCCCGAUCCCGGCAGUGCCCGACAGUUUUGUCGCGUAGAAGAUAAAGAGACUUCUGCUUGAGCUGUCAAAGGCAAAGACAAUGCUUGCUGCAAACUGAUAUAUAUAUAUAUAUAUGUUUCUAUUCAAUCUUAACUGUUUGAUCAAUGUUAUGGAUGAUCAUCUUUCACAGAUCAUCUUGUUGAGCUUGGGACAAAUGAAUACCCAACUAAUGGAAAAAAAACUAUAAAUUCAAAAUUCAGCACCUACUUCACAACACAUGUUAUAAUAUAAUCAUUUUCUAAUAUAAUAUAAAUACAACA